CAUACCAGCAUUCUUCUGAUCACCACCAUACCCCAUACCAGCGUCCUGAUCACCACCAUACCCCAUACCAGCAUUCUGAUCACCACCAUACCCCAUACCAGCAUUCUGAUCACCACAAUACCCCAUACCAGCAUCCUGAUCACCACCAUACGCCAUACCAGCGUCCUGAUCACCACAAUACCCCAUACUAGUGUCCUGAUCACCACCAUACCCCAUACCAGUGUCCUGAACACCGCCAUAUCCCAUAUCAGUAUUCUGAUCACUGCCAUACCCCAUUCCAGUGUCCUGAUCAUCACCAUACCCCAU